AUGACUCCACAAACUUCGAAUAGUUUAACAAAAGAAAAUGAAAAUUUAGUUAAUUCUAUUGAAAAUUUGUUAACAUUAGGUACACAAUUAAUUAAUCAACAAGAAAAAAUCAAUAUUAACACUUUAUCUGAUAAUGAUCAACUUUUGUCUGAAAUUAAAAAAUGUGAAGACGAAAUGAAUCGUUUAAAUAAUUUACUUGAUCAUAAAACAACAGACGAAAUAAGUCAGUCAUUAAUUGAUCAAUUAACAACACUUGCUUCAUCUAUUAUAACAAUGCGUAUUCAAUUAGAAAAUUGGUUUGAAGAACAACGUGGAUUUGUUGUAGAAUUAGAUUCAUUUAUUGACUGGUUGAAAAAAUUUACAGACGAAUCUAAAACAAUGGAUAAUCAAACAAUUCAAUUAGGCUUAAAUGAACGACAGAAACAUUUUGAUGAAUUAACUAAAUGUAAUCAACAAACUAAUUUCGAAAUAAAAGAAAAAAUUCAAUAUUUAAUUCAUAUGUGGACGAGCUUGUCAUCAAUGGUGACUACGGAAUUUCCUUCAACAGUACCAUUGUUAUUAUCAUCAUCAUCAUCCUCAUGUGCAAUUGAAAAUCAACAUAGUUUAAAUGAACAAGCACAGAAUUUAUUAAAUACUAUUGUACAAUUAGGAAAUCGUCAAGAAAUCGAACAACAUAAAGAUAAAAUUCAAACUUUUUUAACACAUUAUAAAGAUUCACAAAUAUAUGAUUUGAACUCAACUCUAUCUAAUGGAAUAUAUAAUGAGCUUGCCAAUCGGCAAUUAAUACUACAACAAAUGUUAAUCGAUACAUCUCGUAUAGAUCAUCUUCGUAUAAAUUUUGUUGCACAUUUUCAUACAGAAAAUAAUGCUGUAACAGCUACUAAUGAAAUAACAACAUUAAUUGAUAAUUAUCCAAAAGAAAUGACAAGCCAUAUUCGUCAAUGGUUAAAUGAACAACAAAGAAAUCAUUCUACAGUACCAUUAACAAUUGUUGAUGCAUCAAAAUGUAUCAAUGAUUUUGAAGAAUAUUUAAAAGAAUUAGAAGAAAAUUUUCUUCAAUAUCAACAAAAUGAACAUAGUCAAGCGAAAUUAAAGAAACUUAUCCAACAAAUAGAAAAUCGACCAAAUUUACCAGAAAAUUUACCUAAUGAUAAUAAACAACGUAGAGAAUAUUUACAAAAACGUUUUUUCAAAAUAAAAAAACAAAUUGAAAAUAUUCGAAAAAAUACUUUACUAAUAAAAACAAAUAUUGAUAAUACUAUUAGUAAUAUUGAUAUAUUAAUAACAAGUAUACGAAAUAUUGAAGAACAAAUUCAAAAUAAUAUUAAACAACCUAUGCAUGAUAAUGAAAAACUUAUGCUUGAUUGUCAACGUAUUAUAUGUGAACUUAAUCAAAAUCUUCGUACACAAGUUGAAGAAGCAAUCAAUAGUGGAAAACGCUUAUAUACACCAGAUAAUAAAGAUUCUAUUGAAAGUACUGGUAUGUACGAUAUAGGUGGUGGCUCAUUGUCUUCACUACCUUCAUCACCAUUAAAAAAAUACUCGGAUUUAACAUUACGUAAAGUUCGUCGACAUGUUCUUCAAUUAACACAACAUUGGAAAAAUGCUAAUAAUAAUAUUCAAUAUCGUUUAAAUACAUUAAAACGAGCUCAAACGGCGGUCGAAGAGUUACGUCGCAAGUGUGAUCGAUUGCAUGCACACUUGCUUGAAAUUGAACUUGCUUAUGCACAUAAACCACAAAUUAAAGCCUUACAAGCUGAGCAAGUGCCAGCUGAAAUCGAACAGGCUAAGCAUCUUUUGGCAACAUUAAUGUCAUGUAAAACUUCCAUUGAUGAUAUCCAACAAUCAGCACAAACUGUUGAAACUGAAUAUGAUAUUCAUGUUGUUAAUCGAGCUCAGGAACUUAAUCAAAGAUGGGAACAUUCAAUAACAUCAGUUUCACAACGAAUUCAAUCAUUACAAGAUUCACUUAGACAUACAGCAAAUGAUAUUUAUUCAAGUUCAGUAGAACAUCCAUGGCAACGUGCAACAGCUGUAAAUAAAAUACCUUAUUACAUAAAUCAUUCGGAUCAAACGACUUCUUGGGAUCAUCCGAAAAUGUAA